GGGCAUGGCGGAGGUGGACCUCGAGUCUGAUCAGAUCCGACUGAAGUGUAUCCGUAAGGAAGGUUUCUUCACCGUGCCUCCAGAACACAGGCUAGGAAGAUGUCGGAGCGUUAAGGAGUUUGAGAAGCUGAACCGAAUUGGCGAGGGCACCUAUGGCAUUGUGUAUCGGGCCCGGGACACCCAGACUGAUGAAAUUGUUGCCCUGAAGAAGGUGCGGAUGGACAAAGAAAAAGAUGGCAUUCCGAUCAGCAGCCUGCGUGAGAUCACACUGCUCUUGCGUCUCCGCCAUCCAAACAUUGUGGAGCUGAAGGAGGUGGUUGUGGGCAACCACCUGGAGAGCAUCUUCCUGGUGAUGGGCUACUGUGAACAGGAUCUGGCCAGCCUACUGGAGAAUAUGCCAACGCCCUUCUCCGAGGCCCAGGUUAAAUGCAUCAUGCUACAAGUGCUUCGUGGCCUUCAGUACCUGCACCGGAACUUCAUCAUCCACAGGGACCUGAAGGUAUCCAACUUGCUCAUGACAGAUAAAGGCUGUGUAAAGACAGCGGAUUUUGGCCUGGCGCGGGCCUACGGUGUUCCAGUAAAGCCAAUGACUCCCAAGGUUGUUACCCUUUGGUACCGAGCCCCAGAGCUGCUGCUUGGAACUCCUACACAGACCACCAGCAUUGACAUGUGGGCUGUUGGCUGCAUCCUGGCCGAGCUGCUGGCCCAUAAACCCCUUCUUCCUGGCACUUCCGAGAUCCACCAGAUCGACUUGAUUGUACAGCUCUUGGGUACACCGAGUGAGACAAUCUGGCCGGGCUUCUCCAAGCUGCCGCUGGCCGGCCAGUACAGCUUGAGGAAACAGCCCUACAACAACCUCAAGCACAAGUUCCCAUGGCUCUCAGAGGCUGGACUUCGUCUGCUCAAUCUCCUCUUCAUGUAUGACCCUAAGAAAAGGGCAACGGCGGGAGACUGCCUGGAGAGCUCCUACUUCAAGGAGAAGCCCCUACCCUGCGAGCCAGAGCUCAUGCCCACCUUCCCCCACCACCGCAACAAACGGGCGGCCACGGCUGCUGCUGAGGGGCAGAGCAAACGAUGCAAGCCUUGAUGGUGGGCGUGCCCAUCCCAUCCCUACACAUCCUCAUGGAUCGUCAGUCAAGGAGGAGGAGGCCCCUGCAGGCCGAGAUGCCCUUGACUCCUCCAGCUGACCGUU